GAGAGGGAAGAGGCUUUCGUCCCUGCAGCUCUGAGCGGCAGCAGCAGAGCAGCGUCAGUGUGUUUUCACUGGGAAAGGAGGCUACCGAAAUGGUAGCUUCCUGCAGAUAAAAAUACAGGCGUUCUUUUUAUUUUUUUCCCCACUCUGUUUAUGCCCACCGUGGAUGUCAGCUUUGCACACAUGUGAAGGGCAGCGCGGCAGGGGGAGAGUGCACAGGGCAGAAUGGCACGCUAUAAGGACAUUGCCAUCAAGAAGACCACUUCUCUGAACCUGGUGACGGGAUUUUUUCAGUACCUUCGCGAUGAACAAGAAGCAGUACAGAAGAGAACAUUCACAAAAUGGAUCAACUCCCACUUGGCCAAGCGCAAGCCUCCGUUGGUGGUGAACGACCUGUUCGAGGACAUCAAGGAUGGGGUGAUGCUUCUUGCCCUGCUGGAGGUGCUCUCUGGACAGAAACUGCCCUGCGAGCAAGGCCGGCAGCUUCGCAGGAUCCACUGGGUGUCCAACAUCGGGACGGCGCUCAAGUUCCUGGAGGGCAGGAGGAUCAAGUUAGUCAACAUCAACUCAACGGAUAUCGUCGAUGGAAGACCGUCCAUCGUCCUGGGGCUGGUGUGGACCAUCAUCCUGUAUUUCCAGAUCGAGGAGUUGACCAGUAACCUGCCGGCUCUGCAGGCUCUGUCCAGCAGCACCUCAUCGGUGGAGAGCAUGGCCAGCUCUGAGACAGCCAGCCCGCCCAUGAAGAGGAAGGUCAUCACCAAGUUCCAGGGCAACGCCAGGAAAGCCCUGCUCAAAUGGGUGCAGUACACAGCAACCAAGCGGCUGGGCAUCGAGGUGAAAGACUUCGGACCCAGCUGGCGCAGUGGGGUUGCCUUCCACUCGGUCAUCCACGCCAUCCGGCCAGACCUGGUGGACAUGGAGCGCGUGCGGAGGAGGCCUAACAGAGAGAACCUGGAGGAGGCCUUUUCCCUGGCUGAAAACGAGCUGGGAAUCCCACGACUCCUGGACCCAGAAGAUGUGGAUGUUGACAAGCCGGAUGAGAAGUCCAUCAUGACUUAUGUUGCCCAGUUCUUGAAGCACUACCCAGACCCCCAUAAUACGGAGUCAGACGGACAGGAAGAGGAGCUGCUUCUCGGUUCCAUCCCAACUUUCGCACUUUCUAUCCCUACCCUACCGUUUGGUCUUGACCCUCGAGACAUAGAACAGAUGCUAGAGAGGGAGCAGCGCAAGGUACUGAGGGAGAUGAAGACCUGGCUGGAGCAGCUUGAGAGGGACGUGGCUCGGGCCCAAGGGGCAGAAGGCAGCCUGACUGAGAAGUACCAGUCCUUUAAGAGCUUCCGUGUGCAGUAUGAGAUGAGGAGGAAACAGACGGAGAGCCUGCUGCAGCCCACGCAGAGAGACGGGAAGCUGACCGUGGACCAGGCGCUGGUCAAGCAGGCAUGGGAGCGCGUGUCUGCCAGGCUCCUGGACUGGCACCUCCAGCUGGACAAGUCCCUUCCAGGCCCACUGGGCAUGAUCGGGGCGUGGCUGCACCGGGCUGAGCUGGCGCUGCGGGAAGACGUGGCCAUCCAGCAGGCGUAUGAGGAGACUGCCAAUGUCGUCCAGAGGACACUGGAGCAGCACAAGGAGGUGCUGAAGAAUCUGGAGGCACACAAACAGACCUUUCAGCAGAUUCACAGAGACAGAUCUGUCAACGGGGUUCCUGUCCCCUCAGAACAGCUCCAGGAUAUGGCAGAGAGGUUCAAUUAUGUCUCAACAUCAUCUCAUAUCCACCUGAUCAAACUGGAAUUCUGGGAGAUGAAGUACCGUCUGCUGGCCUUUCUUAUGCUGGCAGAGUCCAAGCUCAAAUCCUGGAUCAUUAAAUAUGGCCGACGGGAGUCGGUGGAGCUACUGCUACAGAACUACGUUUCAUUCAUUGAGGGACACAAGUUCUUCGAACAAUAUGAGACAACAUACCAGACUCUGAAACAAGCUGCUGAGGUGUAUGUGAAAUCUGAUGUUUCAGCUGAGGAGGGGGAAGGGGUGAACAAGUUCCUGAGCGACACGGCAGCACAAUGGAGGAACCUGUCGGUAGAGGUGCGCAGCGUGCGAAGCAUGCUGGAGGAGGUCAUCUCCAACUGGGAGAAGUACAGCAGCACCGUGGCCAGCCUGCAGGCCUGGCUCGAGGAUGCCGAGAAGAUGCUGAACCAGCCGGAAAACGCCAAACGGGACUUCUUCCGGAAUCUUCCGCACUGGAUCCAGCAGCACACAGCCAUGAAUGAUGCUGGAAACUUCCUCAUAGAGACCUGUGAUGAAACUGUCUCUCGGGACCUGAAGCAACAGCUGCUGCUUCUCAAUGGGAGAUGGAGAGAGCUCUUCGUCAAAGUCAAACAGUAUGCAAGGGCAGAUGAAGUGGACAAAAUGAGGAAGGAAUACCAGGAUGGGAUCUCCUCCCUCAAGAGCUUUGUGGACGCAGCCAACGAGAAGAUGACUGCUCCCGUGCAGGUGUCGUUCUUGAACGUCCGAACGUUCGUCCAGGACAUCGAGGACAUCAAACACAAGGUGCCAGCCAUGGAGGCGCAGUACAAGACCGCCACCCGCAACGCCCAGCUGCUGACCAAGGACACCCCGCAGGAGGAGGUCACACAGAUGCUGGGCACCAUGGCAACCAUCAAGGAGCAGCUGAGCAAGAUAAGGGAGCGCUACCUGCCACUCCUCCGGGAGUCCCAGGCCCUGCUGCCUGCCCUGGAGGAGAUGGAGAAGCAGAUCACCAGCUUCUACCAGUCCCUGGAGAAGGCCAGCUGCAUCACGACAAAGAGGGACUCCGAAACCUCGGGGGACUUCAAACACAAGUGUCAGGAUCUUCUGACCUACCAGCAGAGCUGUAAAAAGUGUCUGUCUGUGAUCGAGAGGAACCAUCAGUCCGUACAGAGGGCGCUGGGCAGCAGUAAGGCCCUCCGCCACUUCGACAGGUCUCUCCUGCAGAAGAGGGUGGUGGAGCUGCAGGCCACCUCGCAGGCGAUGGUGAAGGAGGCCACAGAAUGGAGGAAGCACGUGGAGGCCAACAGCAGCCUCAUGAAGAGGUUUGAGGAGUCCCGCAUCGAGCUGGAGAAGGUGCUGAAGAUGGCCCAUCUCUCCCUGAAGGACAAGGGCAACCCAGAAGAGCUGCUGAAAAAACACACUGAGUUCUUCGGGCAGCUGGACCAGCGGGUGUUGAACGCGUUCCUGAAGGCGUGCGACGAGCUCACAGACAUUCUGCCUGAGCAGGAGCAGCAGAGUCUGCAGGAAACUGUCCGGAAACUGCACAAACAAUGGAAGGAUGUCCAAGCGGAGGCGCCUUACCACCUGCUGCACCUGAAGGUGGAGGUGGAGCGCACUCGGCUGAUGGCGUCUCUGCAGGAGUGCCGGGGGGAGCUGGCCCGGGAGAACAAGGCCCUGCCCAGCGCAGGCAGCGAGAGGCUGAUCAAGGAGCACCGCGCCUUCUUCAGAGAGAAGGGCCCACAGUCACUGUGUGAGAAGAGACUGCAGCACAUAGAGGAGCUUUGCCAGAAGCUUCCGGAGAGCGACUCUGCCCACCGCACCGUCGACAGCACCAGGAAGGCCCUCGCCGAGGUCAAGGCGCAAAUUGACUCUACUUACCAGAAACUGCUGCAGCACCCGGACAAGUGGAAGGAGUUCAACGCCAGGUUCUCUGAGCUCUCAGCCUGGCUCUCAUCCAAGGAAAGCCAACUCCGCCUGCUUAGGAACAGAGCCAACGACCCCAGCAAGUACGGGCAGGUCAAGACCACCAUUGAGGAGCUGAGACGUGAUGCAGAAGAGCAGGAGGGGAACCUGGGCUGGCUGAAGGCUCGCAUGGCCGCCCUGAUCGAGGUCUGCACGGACAGCGAGGCCAAGAGGCAGGGGGCCGCCCUCACCAAACUCUCCACAGACUUCAAAACCCUCAUCUCCUCCCUGGCAGAGUCGGAGAAGGUGGUGUCAGCGGUGGGGGACUGCGUGCAGUUCCGGGAGGAGGUGCGCAGCACGCUGGAGGAGCUGCUGGAGGGGCAGCAGCAGGCCCAGGCGGAGGCCCGUAAGAUUCUGGACGCGGAAAACGUGAGGGAGGCCCAGCAGCUGCUCCUCAUCCACCAGCAGCAGCUCAAGCACCUGCGGGCCAAGAGGAAGGAGGCGGAGCUGCAGAUCUCGCGGGGCCAGCAGCUGCAGGUGGAGGGGGGCCUGAGCAGCUCCCUGCAGCCCGACCUGCAGAAGCUGGAAGACACGCUCGGCAAGAUGGACCAGACCAUGGAGGCGCAGGAGCAGAGUCUAAAGGUGACCCUGGCUGCAUGGCAGGAGUUUGAGAGCCAGCGGGUGUCGGUGGGGGAGUUUGUUAGCAGAGCCAGGUCUGUCCUGGAGAGGGAUCUCACGUUCAGCAGCCUGGAGAGCCUGACGGCCGAACUGCUGCAAGCCAAGGAGCUGUGUAAACAUGGCGAGGUGCAGAUGACGCAGGUAGACAUCCUCCUGAAGAGGGCAGCAGAGAUCCAGCUGGGCCCCAAGAACCAGACCGUGCUCCAGCAGCAGGCCCGGUCCGUCAGCGAGCAAGUGGACCGCGUGGAAGCCGGCCUCAAGAAAGAUGUUAAACAGCUGGAGAUGAUGAAAACCCAAUGGGAGAAGUUCGGGAGUGAGUUUGAGGAAUUCUCCACGUGGAUUUCUGAGAAGGAGAAGGAGCUGGACUCCCUGAACGCAUCCUCCAGCCCGCUCGAAUCGCAGAUUAACACAGUAAAGGCUGUGGGGGCAGAGCUGGAGGAGAGGGCGUCAGUCCUGCCCCGCCUGGAGGCGGAGUCUCAGGCUCUGGGUCAGUUUGUGUCGCCGGGGGAGGCGGCCCGAAUCAAGGCGCGUCUGACCCAGAUCGGCAGGUACUGGGAGGAGCUAAGGGAGAGCGCAGAGCGGCUGGGGGGGCAGCUGCAGGAGAGCUCCUCCCACCUGCAGAGGUUCAACAGCAGCCUGCAGCAGGUGAAGACAACAAUGAGUGAACUGAAAGACAAACUGGAUCGCCCAGUUACUUCUUGUACAUCAUCAUCUGAAACAUACAAAGCCCUUCAGGAUCAUAUGGACGUGACCCAGGCCCUGGAGCAGCUGAAGGCCACGCUGCAGUCCCUGUCGGCCGGGGUCCGCAGGCUGAGCGACCGGGCGCAGGCGGAGAGAGAGGUGGCCUGCCUGCAGCGGGAGUACGAGGAGGGCCUGCAGCUGGCCAAGGACAAGCAGGCGCAGCUGGAGGGCCUGCUCUCCCUGUGGCAAAAAUAUGAAAAAGAGCGCUCCAUAUUCCUGUCCUGGGUGGAGAGAUGUGAGUCGGUGUGCGGCUCGGAGUCCCAGCACCUCUCCGCAGAUAAAGCCAAGCUGCAGAGUGAGCUGCAAGCAGUGCAGGAUCUGCAGUCUGAAGUCCAGGCCCAUGAGACCAUGUUCCAGGGUCUGGCCAGCCUGGGGGCAUCCCUGCAUCCCACUGCAUCAGAGGAGAGAGUUAAGGAGCUCUCAGAGGACCUGCACCAGCUGGAGAGGAGAUGGAACUCCCAGAAUGAGGCCAUACCCCACAGAAUACAGCGGCUUCAGGGCCACAUCUCCCUGGUGGAGAAGUUUGACGAGGCCCUGCUGCAGGUCUCCCAGUGGAGCCAGGACUUCCUCGCAGGGCUCCAGGCCAACUCCCACGUCGACAUCACAGACCUCCCCUCAGCUUGCGCCCAGGUCAAGGAGAGGGCAGCGUCACUCCAGACGCAGGCGGGGGCGAGGGAGAGCCUGCAGCGGCGGGCGGAGGCCCUGUGCGCCGCCUGCGAGCCGGGCGACCUGCAGCUGCUGCAGGGCAGGCGCGAAGACUGCCUGCAGCUCUCCCUGGAGGCGCAGCAGCUGGUGGAGCGGCGGCACGAGUGCCUGGAGAAGCUGGAGGCCUUCCUGCAGACCCACAGCGUGGCGGCCAGCGUGCUGCAGGGGCUGCGGCAGACGGUGGAGAGCUCGGGCAGCUGGGACAAGGGCCGGGCCGAGGCACUGCAGCAGGAGCUGAGGGCCAUUGUGCCCGACAUCGGCCGCCUGGAGACCCUGGCCGUCAGCCUGGACGGCAGCCUCAGCAAGGCGCACUACCACCUGUGCGAGGGCGGGCCCGAGCGCCGCACCUCCUGCCGGGCGCUGGCCGACGCCCUGGGCGCCACCCUGGAGAUGGUGCAGAACCUGCUGGGCACCAAGCAGAGCGAAGCGGAGGCCCUGGGCGCGCUCUGGACCUCCUUCAGGCAGCGCAAGGAGCAGCUGCUGCGGAGCGUGGAGGACAUUGAGGAGAAGGCCAACCACCACGGGCUGAAAGAGCCCAGCCUGCCAGCCCUGCAGCAGAGGCUGCGGUUCUUCAACCAGCUGGAGGAUGAGCUGCAGUCCUACCAACACGAGGAGCAGUGGCUGAGGGACAAGGGGCAGCAGCUGGCCCAGAAGGACAGCGAGCUGGCCGGGGAGGCCCUGAGGGAGAUCAGCAUGGUGGAGUCCACCUGGGAGGCCACCAAGAGACUCAUCGCUGACAGUCAGGAGCAGUGCAGCAUCCUGGUCGACCUCAUGAGGGAGUACCAGAGCCUGAGAGCCACCGUCAGCGGCCUGGUGGAGAGCGCAGAGACCGUGGCGGAGGUCAAAUCCGCCCUGAAGGACCAGGAGGACAUCCGGAGACUGCUGUCACGGCAUGAGGCAGCUAAGGUGGAGAUGGCAGGCGGCCAGGAAGAGCUGGAUCAGUUCACGAAUAAAGGGAAGCAUCUGCUGAACGAGCUGAAGAAGAUUCCAGACUGUGAGGUUCAGGUGGUCAGGAAAGACAUGGAGUCCAUCGUGGACCAGUGGCUGGAUGUAUCGGAGCGGCUCGACGAGCACAUCGAGCGCCUGAGUAAGAGCGCGGCGCUGUGGGAGGACGUGCGCAAGAUCGACGAGGACAUCGACAGCUGGGCGCAGAGCUCGGUGACCGAGCUCAGCGAGAGCCUCAGCAACCUCAACGACAGCCAGAGGAUGGAGGCGCGCCUCACCGAAUUCCAGGUGGAGGUGGAGGCAAAAGAGCAAAAGCUGGAAACACUGCAGGAAAAAGUAUCAGAGUUGAAGAAGCUCACCAGGACUCAGGAGACACCCGCUGAGCUACAGGUUAUGGAGGCUGACCUGAGGAAGAAGAUCGGCCAGGCGCAGGAGAUAUCUGAGCAGGCCAGAGGCACCCUGCGGGACUUCAGCUCCCAGAAGCAGCAGCUGGAGGAGUUCAUAUCCCAGAUGACAGAGUGGCUGAAGAACGUGGAGGAGUCCCUGUCGGCACCGCUUCAAGGCUCAGAGCCAGAGCACAUCUGCAGGGUGAAGGACAUCCAGAAAGAGCUGCAGAACCAGCAGAGCAACAUCGACACCACGCGGGAGAACCUCAACUCCCUGUGCAGGAAGUACCCCUCCGAGGAGCUGGCCCGGCUGGGCGCCUCCCUCACCGACCUCAUCAAGAGGAACGAGGCGGUCAACCAGCGCGUCACCAGGACCCUGAGCUCCUUGCAGGACAACCUGCAGCAGCACUUUAAUGAGCUGGUGCAGCAGUUCCACAGCUGGCUCUCUGAGCUUAAGGAUGGGGUGAGGCAGUGCUCCGACCAGUCUGGGGACACCGUUGUCAUGGAGAACAAGCUGCAGAAGCUGAAGGGGGCGCUGGAGAGGGUGGAGGAGGGCGAGAUGCGGCUGACGCGGGUGUGCGAGGAAGGGGAGAAGCUCCUGCUGCACCUCCCCAAGGCCAGCGCCGGACAGGUGCAGCAGCAGCUGUCCUCCAGCCAGCAGGACUGGGACAGCUUUGUGGAGCAGUGCAGACAGAGCCAGCAGGCUCUGGAGGAGAGCGCCGCCCUGCUGAGCGGGUUCGAGGGUCGCCUGAAGAGGCUGAGUGUGUGGCUGGAUCAGAUGGAGGAGAGCAUGAAGACAGAGCUGAGGGCGGAGAGCAAACAGCACAUCCCUGAGAAGAAGGAGGAGCUGGAGAGGGUGGAGGAAUUCCACAAAGAGCUACUGAAAGAGAGGGACUCCUUCGAGCGGCUGUGCCAGGAGUCUCAGGGGCUGAGCGAGGCGGGGCGCGGGGAUGGGGGCGAGGUGCGGGCGUCUGCGCAGCUGCAGGCCAGGUACCAGGCCCUGCUGAAGGGGCUGAAGGAGCAGCUGCGCAGCUGUCAGCUCACCCUGCAGGAGCACCAGGCCUUCGAGGAGACGCUGCAGAGCACCUGGGCCUGGCUGAAGGGCGUCCAGGAGCGCCUGGCCUCCCUCAGGAGCACCUCCGGCAGCAAGGAGGCGCUGGAGAAGCGCUUGGGGCUAGUGCAGGACAUUCUGCUGAUGAAGGGUGAGGGCGAGGUGAAGCUGAACAUGGCCGUGGGGAAGGGCGAGCAGGCCCUGAAGAGCAGCGGCGAGGAGGGGCAGGAAGUGAUCCGCUCCCAGCUGCAGAGCCUGAAGGACAUGUGGGCCAACGUGCUCAUGACCUCCAUGAGCUGUCACAGCCGGCUGGAGUGGACGGUGACCCAGUGGAGCAGCUUCCAGGAGAGCGAGGGCCAGCUGCAGCAGUGGAUGGAGUCCGUGGAGCAGGAGGUGGGGGCGCCCCUGCCCCCUCAGCCGGGCCUGAAGGAGAAGGCCUCCCAGCUGGACCGGUUCCGGGCCGUCCUGGCCGACGUGGCGAGCCACUCCGUGGCGCUGUCCCGCCUGAUGGAGAAGUCGGAGGAGCUGCAUGGGAAGACCUCCGACCCCGCGUUCGGCGAGGAGGCGAGGACGGAGCUGCGCACUCACUUCGCCGACAUCACCGCCGUCGUCAAGGGGAAGGUGAAGGCGAUGGAGGACGUAGUGGAGGAGCAUGAGCAGUACCUGGAAGCGGUGAGGGAGCUGACUGAUUGGCUGGCGUCCGCCAAAGAGGAGCUCCAGCGCUGGUCGGACACGUCAGGGGACCCCGCCUCCGUGCAGAGGAAGCUCUCCAAAGUGCGGGAGCUGAUUGAUUCCAGGCAGCGGGGCCGGGAGCGGCUGAGCCGGGUGCAGAGGUGUGCGGCGGCGGCGCGCGAGCACACGGCAGCCGCGGGCUGCGAGCUGAUGGACCGCGAGGAGGCGGCGCUCCGCUGCGCCUGGGAGCAGUGGGAGGGGGCGGCGCUGCAGACGCGGGACGGGCUGGAGGGCGCCCUCGCUCAGAUGGCCAGCUCUGAGCGGGAAUUCAGCAGCCUGGCGGCGCAGCUGGAGCGGGACCUGCAGGAGUUUGACGGCCAGCUGCAGGACUGGAGCCGGCGGCUCGCCCAGGUGGAGGGGAAGAACACCAGCGAGGAGGCCGUGCAGGGCUGGCAGAUCGCUAAGGACACCCUGGAGGGUUUGCUGAAUGUGGAGCCCAUGUCGGACAGCCUGAAGACCCAGCUGAACGACCUGUGCCGCUUCUCCCGGGACCUUGGGGCCCAGUCGGAGAGAGUGUCCGCUCUGAUCAAAGAGUACAACAGUCUCAGCCUCCAGGCCGCUCGGGAGUGCCAGAACAAGGAGAAGCUUCUGGAGCAGCGGUUCCGAACGGCCUUCCGAGACUUCCAGCAAUGGCUGGUCAACGCCAAGAUCAACACAGCCAAGUGCUUCGACGUGCCCCAGAGCAUCGCAGAGGCCUCUGCCGGCCUGCUGAAGAUACAGGAGUUCCUGAGUGACAGGGAGCAGGGGCAGUCCAAGCUCAAUGCCGUGGUGCUGAACGGGGAGCUGCUGAGCGGCAUAGUGGCCAAAGACAGAGUGGAUACCAUUCGAGCCAAAGUGACCAGUGCCAGAGAUGACUGGAAGAGCCUCAUGUCGAACCUGCACAAAAGGGAGACAGCCUUACAGAACCUGCAGUCUCAGAUGCGCGACUUCGAGACAAGCGCCGAGCCCCUGCAGGAGUGGCUGAACGGGACGGAGAGCGCGGUGCAGGAGAGCAGCACACGCCUCCACGACCUUCCAGCCAAAAAGCAGGAGCUGCAGAAGCUCCAGUCUGUCCUUGAGGAAAUAGCCUCACAGGAGUCUCAGCUGAGCCGGCUGAAAGAGAAGGCUCACCUGCUGUGGGAAGGACAGGCGACGGGAAAGGGCUUUAUGCACCGCGUCGCGCAGCUCUCAGCGCAGUAUCUAGCUUUAAGCAACCUGACCAAGGAAAAGGCCUCUCGUAUCGAGAGGAUCGUCAGCGAGCACCAGCUCUUCUCACAGGGUCUGAGGGAGCUGCAGAACUGGGUGACUGAUGCCAACCACAUGCUUCAGACCUACUGCUCUCCCACUGCGGACAAAAAUGUGCUGGACAGCAGGAUGAUCAAGCUAGAGGCCCUGCUGACGGCGAGGCAGGAGAAGGAGAUCCAGCUGAAGAUGCUGAUCACUCGGGGCGAAUCAGUGCAGAGGAACACCUCCCCCGAGGGCGUCCCUGUCGUCCGAAAGCAGAUCCAGGACCUCAAGGACUCUUGGGAUUCCCUGCUGUCCGCCUCCAUCCAGUGCAAGAGUCAGCUGGAAGGUGCCCUCUCGCAGUGGACCAGUUACCAGGACGACGUGCGCCAGUUUGUGAGCUGGAUGGAGCGGGUGGAGGAGAGCUUGGGCAGCACAGACAAACAGUACUCGGAGAUGAGGGACAAGACUGCAAAUCUGGGCAAAGCCAAGCUGCUGUACGAGGAAGUCCUGAGCCACAGUAGCACCCUAGAGACCAUCGGGAUGAAGGGCUCCAAUAUGGCCGAACACUACGUCACACAGCUGGAGAUCCAGGACCUACAGGACCGCUACACCGCCUUAAAGGACAAAGCCAAGGCUGCAGUUUGUAAGGCAGAGGAGCUAGUCCUGGCCCACCAGGAGUACCAGCGGGGUCUGCACAUGUUUGAGGACUGGCUGGAGCAGGAGCAGGAGCGGCUGGGCUGCCACUCCCAGCUGGAAGGAGAUGUGGAAACCCUGGAGAGUACGCUGCAGGAGCUGCAGGAGCUGCAGGUGCGCUGCACCGAGGGCCAGGCGCUGCUCACUGCGGUGCUGAGCAGCCGGGAGAAAGUCAUCCCCUGGGGGGUGCCACAGAUCGAGGACCGCGCCCUGGAGACGGUGCAGCAGGAGUGGCGGGCGUACCAGGCCCGCCUGGGCGAGAGCCGGGCGCGGCUCAACAGCGCCAUCACCAAGCUGCGGCAGAUGGAGCACAAGUUCCAGCACCUGGACGAGUGGCUGAAGGGCAUGGAGGGCAAAGUCCAGCUGCGCAGCCACCGGCGCUCGGACAGAGCCACCAAGGAGGCCCAGCUGCAGCUGCUGCAGCGCUGGCAGGAGGAGGCGCUGGUGUACCAGGAAGAGGUGGAGGGGCUGAGCGCACUGGCCCAGCAGGUUCUGGAAGAGACCCACAUCAGCAGCCGGGUCAGCGCCCGCGCCACCCAACUCACCGCCCGCUACCACGCCCUUCUGCUGCAUCUGAUGGAGACCAUUAAGCAGCUGCAGGAGGAGGUGCGCUGCAUCGAGGAGGCGCAGAGCGUCUUCAGCACCUUCUCCGACUGGCUCAGCACGGCGCAGAGGAACUUCCGCACCGUCGCCGUCAGCAUCGACGUGGUGGACCGCGUCGCCAUGGACAGGAAGAUGAAGAAGCUAGAGGCUCUGCAGAGUGACAUGGAGCUGGGCCACAGCUUCCUGAAGGCCAUGCGGGAGAAGACGGAGAGAGCCAUGGCCUUCCUGGAGGAGUCUGAGGCGGAGCAGCUGCGUGGGGAGGUGGACGCCCGGCUGUCCCAGCUGGAGGGGCUGAUGGGGGCGCUGCGGGCAGAGUACAGCGUGCUGGAGAAGUGCAUACUGCUCUCCAAGGAGUUCCUGGACAAGUACAAGGCCCAGGCCCAGUGGCUCGUGGAGACACGAGCCCUGCUGAACUCACCUGUCGAGCCCAAAGCCGAGCUCUACCAGAAGAAGGCCCAGUUAGCCAAGUACAAGACUAUACAGCAGACCGUGCAGUCCCAUGAGUCAGCGGUGAGAUCCGUCAUUGAGAAGGGGGAGGCCCUGCUUGACACCGUCCGAGACCCCACCGUCAGCGAGAACAUGACCAAGCUGAGGACGGACUUCCAGGAGCUGUGCGCUGCAGCCAGGGCUCACGUGCGGAGCCUGGCGGAGAGGGUGAAGGAGCACGAGUCCUACAACGGCGAGCUCCAGGAGGUGGAGAAGUGGCUCCUGCAGAUGUCCAGCCGGCUGGUCACUUCGGACUCCAUGCAGAGCGGCAGCCUGGAGGUGGCCACGCAACAGCUGGCCAGACACAAGGCCAUAAUGGAGGAGAUUGCGGGCUUCGAGGAGCGGCUGACGAGUCUGAAGGAGAAAGGAGACGACCUUGUCGGCAGCUGUGCGGAGCAUCUCCAGGCCAAGAUUGGGCAGCAGGUCCAGGCUCAUCAGCAGGGCACCCGAGACAGCUACUCCGCCAUCUGUAGCACAGCCCAGCGUGUGUACCAGAGUCUGGACCGCGAGCUGCAGAAGCACGUCAGCCACCAGGACACACUGCAGCAGUGCCAGACGUGGCUCUCCAGCGUACAGGAGGAGCUGCUGCUGCAUGCUCAGCCCCCCUUCAGCCAGCAGGAGGCGCUCAAACAGGUGAAGCACGACAGGGCUCUGCAGGAGCAGGCCAGCACCUACCUCGAUCUCGUGUGUUCAGUGUGUGACCUGUCUAAUGAGACAGUGAGAAGCACAGCAGCAGAGAUCCAACAGAUCAAGCUCAUGAUAGAGGAAAGGAUGUCAAGAUCCCAGGACCUGGCGGAGAGCUGGAAGGAGAUCAGAGAGCAGAAGGUGGAGCUGGUGACCCACUUCCAGGACCUGGAGCAGCAGCUGCAGAGCCUCAACAGGAGGCCCGCCGAACUGGAGCCCAAGAUUGCACAGAACAUGCUGGCCCAGGCCAAGGAAUUCAACCAGCAGUUGCAGGCCAAGCAGGGAAUCCUGACCCGGAUGACGGAGAGUGUGAACCGGCUGACAGAGGGCCAGGACUCCCCGGAGCACACGGAGAUCGGGCGCCUUAGCCACACCUGGCUGGAUCUAUGCCACCAGGCCAACAGGCUGCUGAGCCAGAGGGAGGAGGACCUGCAGCGGACCAGGGACUACCACAACUGCAUCAGCGCGGUGGAAGUACUGUUCGACCAGGUGUCCAAGGAGUGGGACAACCUGGCCAGAACGGACACAGAAAGCUCUUCUGAGCACUUGGAGGCUCUCAGGAAGCUGGCCGUUGCCCUGGAGGAACAGAGGGGCACUUUGGAUGACCUGAGGGAGCACAGGCAGAAGGUCAUGCACCGCCUGAACUUGGACGACAAGGAGCUGGUCAAGGAGCAGGUGGGCCACUUCGAGCAGCGCUGGGUCCAGCUGGAGAGCCUGAUCCAGAGGAAGAUCCAGGACUCGGUGCUGAUGCUGGAGGACAUGAACCAGGUGGAGUCUAGGCUGAGGGAGGCCCGUGAGUGGGCCGAGGAGCAGCAGCCGGCCCUGUCAGAGGCCAUGAAGAUGAGCCCCCCUCCGGAGCUGGCCCAGAGCUUCCUCUUCGACCACCUCAGCAUCUGUAGUGAGCUGGAGGCCAAGCAGCUGCUCCUGGCCCAGGCCAUGACGGACGCCGACAGGGUGCUGGCCCACCUGGGCCUGAAUGAACGGCAGCGGCUGCAGCAGCUUAUCUCAGACACCCAGGCCGAGGUGGAGUCCCUGGGCGCCAAGGUGGUCCAGAGGAGGAAGUACCUGAGCAAGGCCUUCACCGAGAGGACGCAGUUCCUGCUGGCGGUCGGCCAGGCCAUCGCGUGGGUCCAGCAGAACGAGCGGAAGGCGCUAGCAGAAGAGCACAUCGCCCUCUUGCCCGACGACCUCAGCAAGCAGGUGAGGACGUGCCGGAACGUUCAGAGCAGCCUGCGGACGUAUCAGAGCGAGCUCACCUCGCUGUGGUCGCAGGGGAGGGACCUGAUGAAGGACGCCACGGAGGACGAAAAGACGGAGAUUCUAACCAAGCUGCAGGAGUUGCAGAACAUCUUCGAGACUGCCCUGCAGAAGUGCACUCAGCGGCUGCAGGAGCUGGAGAAAGCCCUGGUGUCCAGGAAGUAUUUCAAGGUGGACCUGGACAAAACCUGUCAGUGGCUGAAACAGGCCGACAUUGUGACGUUUCCUGAAAUCAACCUUAUGAACGGUGACACAGAGCUGAACCUGCAGCUUGCAAAAUAUCAACAGAUAUUAGAGCAAGCCACAGAAUAUGAAAACCUCCUUCUCAUUGUCCAGAGAGCUGGUCAAGAGAUACUCCCCACUCUAAAUGAAGUGGACCACUGCUAUUUGGAUGAAAAGCUGAAUGCCCUCCCACAACAAUACAACAGCAUUUUGGCUUUGGCUAAAGAAAAGCGGGAAAAAAUCCAACAGGCCAUUCUUGGGCGCAAAGAGUAUGCCUCCUUUAUUGAAGUAACGCAUAAAGCUCUGAAAGAACUUGAGGAGCAGUUCACUAUCUUGGGAAAGCAACCCGUGGGCCUGAGGACGGAGGAAGUCGUUAACUUACAGGAUGAUUACAAAGCUCUCCUGGUAGAUCUGACAAAUCUGGGUCUUGCAGUGAGUGAACUGAACCAGAAAAAAGAGGCAUUUCGCAGCACCGGUCAGCCCUGGAGACCGGAGGAGAUGGUCAUGCUGGUGAGCCUUUACAAUGGGCUGAAGAGGCUCAUCGAGCAGAAGAUAGAACAUUUAGGCGACACCCUGGAGUCCUUCGAAGACCACAAAGCCAUGGCCACGCAGCUUGACUCCGAGCUGAAGGCCACUAAGGAGCAGCUGGUCAAAGUCAACGCGGAGACUCAGUCGGCCGAGGAGAGGCUGAAGAACUACCACUCCCUGGCUGGGACUCUGCAGAGCGCCAGCUCCCGCCUGAAGAGGCUGAUGGAGCAGAUGGAGACCCUGGCCCCUCACGUGGACCAGGCAGCCCACGAGGCCUCCAGGCAGCAGGUGAACCUGUGGCAGGAGGAGCUGCAGUCCCUGCAGGCUGCGGUCGGGGAGCUCAUAGUGGAGUGCGAGAACCGCUUUGUGCAGAGCAAGGACUUCCAGACAGAGGUCAAGCGCACCCUGGACUGGCUCCAGCAGGUCAGAGAUGAGCUGGGCGUGGCCGUCGUGCUGGACGUGAAGGUGGAGAGGGUGCAGGAGGAGAUGAGGAAGCAGCAGAUCGUGCAGGAGGAGGUGCAGUCCAGGCUGAGAAUCGUGGCUGCCCUGAGCAGCAGGGAAAAGCAGAAAUACACCAAUGCCAAUGAGCUGGUCCCUGCCCAUGUGGAUACCAGCCUGGAGGAGAUGGCAAAGCUGGAGGCUGAUGUCCAGCAAGCACUAAGUGCCAAACAGAUCACGCUGGAGCAGGCCCUGUCGUUGUGCCAGAAGUACCAUUCCACCAUGCAGUCUGCGUGCGAGUGGCUGGAGGACGCGGUGGCCUUCCUGCAGCAGGCCAGCCUGGGCGUGGACGUGGAGAACUACGAGGAGUGCCUCCGGCAGCAGGUGGACAUCAUGUCCACCGAGCAGAAUUUCCUGGGCCACUUGCAGGAGCUGGAGGCGCUACCCCCUCAGCUGGAGAGCCUUGUUAACCCCACCACCAACGAGCAGUUGAGACAGAGCGUGGAGUCCGCACAGCUGAGGAGUGUGGAGGUCAGGGAGCAGCUGCAGUGUCACCAGGACAUCCUGCAAAGCUGUGUGGCUCAGUGGAACUCGUACCAGGAAGCCAGGCAGACAGUCAUUGAGCUAAUGAACGAGGCAGAGAAGAAGCUGACAGAGUUCUCCACGGCCAAAGCAGCCACCAGCCAAGAGGCCGAGGAGAAGCUGAAGAGCCACAAGUCCCUGGUGGCGCUGGUGAACAGCUUCCAGGAGAAGCUGACCGGCCUGGAGGAGCAGGCGUCCCAGCUGGAGCAGGUGGGGAGCGACGCCAGCAAGGCCACCAUCAGCCGCUCCAUGUCCACGGUGUGGCAGCGGUGGACGCGACUGCGCAGCGUGGCGCGGGGGCAGGAGAAGGUGCUGGAGGACACGGCCAUGGAGUGGAGGAGCUUCAGAGAGAAGAUGGAGAAGGUGAAGGCCAUCGCGGACGACCUGCAGAGCCGCGUGCCCGACAGCGCGGUGGAGAAGGCCUCCAAGACGGCACUGCAGACGCUGCUGGAGUACCACGAUUCCUUCAGCCAGGAGGUGGAGCGGGAGCACUCCGCCCUCACGCUGCUCCGCCAGUACGCCCUCAGCCUGCUCCGCGAUGUGGAGGUGCCCGCACACGCCCACGCCCAGGACGAGCUGCCCAGCCUGCAGGAGAUCCGCGCCGUGCAAGAGCGCUAUGAGAGCCUCCUGCAGCAGGUGCGGAAGAGCCGAGCGCAGGUGCAGCAAGAGCUGAAGGAGCGGGAGGAGGUGGAGAGGGAGCUGGCCCUGGUCAAGACCUGGAUCCAGGACACCCGGGGGCUUCUGCUCAGCCCCACCGCAGAUGUGGACACCCUGCUGCAAGAUCUCGAGGUCGUACAUGGAGAAGUGAUCUCCCACAGGCAGAAUGUGGAGAAAAUUGCAGAGCAGCAGCAGAGCAAAUACCUGGACCUGUACACCAUCCUGCCCUCUGAGAUCUCCAUGCAGCUGGCUGAAGUGACGCUGGCACUGGGGUCCACUGAGGACCAGAUUCAAGCCAGAGAAAGAGAAAUCCAACACACCAGAGACAUUAAGGAGGACUUCAGCUCCAGAAUCCAUGACGUCUCAGAAAAGAUGAGGAUCAUCUCCAUGAAGCUGAAGGAGAAAGCUACAGACGUGGCUCAAGCCAAAGAGGAGACUAAGGCACUGUGCGAGGAUCUGGACAGCUGUGGUCGGACUCUGUCUGAGCUGGACAGCGCCGUGCAGGAAUUCGGGGAGCAGCACCCGCUCCUGUCCAAGCAGCUGAGUGACGCCAUCGCCAAGCUAAACGAGAUACACCACCACACGGGCCGCUUAGCUGACUACAGGACAGCCCGGCUGAAGAAGGCGGGCUCACAUUUGGACGAGUUUAAUGAGAUGCUGGAUUUCAUUGUGAGCUGGACGGAGAAAGCUACGGCCUUGGUGAAGGGCAACAUCAUCUGGAACUCUGCGGCUCAGCUGCAGGACCAGAUCAGGACCUACCAGGCGGUGCUGAGAGAGUCACACGAGCUGCACGGAGACCUGGAGGUGAUGGGGGAGAAGGCGGCGGUGCUGUCGGAGGUGCUGCAGACGGAGGCCAUGAGCCAGCAGGUGUCCGAGCUCAGCCGCCACACCGAGGAGCUGCAGCAGAGCGUCAGGACGCGACUGCAAGGCCUGCAGGAUGCGGCGAAGGACAUGGAGAGGUUUGAGUGUGAGGUGAAGGCCCUGCACGCAGCUCUGGAGCAAGCCCAGGUCACUCUCACAUCCCCUGAUCUUGCCCGCCUGAGUCUGAAGGAGCAACUGGCCCAAAGACAGCGCCUGCUGACCGAGAUGGAGAGCUUCAAGCAGCAGGUGCACGCGGUGCAGGUGUGUCAGAGCGCCCUGCGCAUUCCGGAGGAGGUGGUGACCAGCCUGUCCAUCUGUCGCACUGCCCUUGGCCUGCAGCAGGAAGCUAGCCAGCUGCAGCACACUGCCAUCCAGCAGUGCAACAUCCUGCAGGAGGCCGUGGUGCAGUACGAGCAGUACGAACAGGAAGUGAGGCACCUCCAGCGGCUGAUCGAGGAGGCCCACCGGGUCAUCCAGGACCGACCCGUCUCCACCAGCAACAUCCAGGAGCUUCAGGCCCAGAUUCUCCACCAUGAGGAGUUGGCCCAGAAGAUCAAAGGCUACCAGGAGCAGAUCUCCUCCCUCAACUCUAAGUGCAAGAUGCUGACGAUGAAAGCCAAGCAUGCGACCAUGCUGCUGACGGUCACCGAAGUGGAGGGGCUGUCCGAGGGACUGGAUGAGCUGGACGCUGAGGUCCUCCCCAAACACCCUCCGGCGCACCCCUCCGUGGUGAUGAUGACCGCCGGCCGCUGUCACACGCUCCUCUCCCCUGUCACCGAGGAGUCUGGGGAAGAGGGCACCAACAGUGAGGUCUCCUCCCCGCCCGCCUGUCGCUCCCCCUCGCCCGUGGCUAACACUGACGCUUCCAUUAACCAGGCCACCACAGGGAGAGCCCCGCUCAGUAGGGCGCCAAUUCAGGAGCUGUAUGACCCGUCGUUGGAUUCUGUCGCUGUGGCAAACCUGGACGAUCUUCAGCGCUCGUGGGAGACACUGAAGAACGUGAUCAGCGAGAAACAGAAGACUCUGUACGAGGCUCUGGAGAGACAGCAACACUAUCAGGACUCUCUGCAGUCCAUAUCCACUAAGAUGGAGUCCAUAGAAGUGAAGCUGAACGAGGCUCUGGAGCCAGUAAAGAGCCCGGAGAGCCAGAUGGCCGCCCACCAGGCGCUGAUGGACGAGAUCCUGAUGCUCCAGGACGAGAUUAACGAGCUGCAGACGUGUUUCGCCGAGGAGCUGGCUUCGGACACCCUGGACUCGGACACCGCAGACCAGCUGGCCAUGCAGUCUACGCUCACGGUGCUGGCCGAGAGGAUGGCCACCAUUCGCAUGAAGGCCUCCGGGAAACGGCAGCUUCUGGAGGAACGUCUGAGCGAGCAGCUGGAGGAGCAGCGGCAGGUGCAGGCCUUGCAGCGCUACCACAGCGAGGCAGACGAGCUCGACCAUUGGCUGCUCAACACCCGCGCCUCCCUCAGCUCCACCCUGCGGCCCAGCCCCACAGACCUGGACAUGGACAUGGAGGAGCAGCUCAUCAGCUGCCAGAACAUGUUGCUGGAGAUCGAGCAGAAGGUGGCGGUGCUGUCGGAGCUGUCGGUACACAGCGAGAGCCUGCUGCUGGAGGGGAAGGCCCACACCCGGGAGGAGGCCGAGCAGCUCGCCGUCCGGCUGCACAACCUGAAGAGCAGCCUGCUGGAGCUGCAGAGGAUGCUGCUGGACAAACAGAUCAACAUCCAGGGCUCCCUGCAGGAACAGGAGGACAGCGAGCCAGACUCUGCCCUGUCCCAGAGCCCCAGUGUGCAGGACUGGUUGGCCCAGGCCCGCUCCACACGCUCCCAGCAGCACCAGGACAGCGUCCAGAGACAGAGGGAGCUGGAAGAACAGCUGGAAAAGCAGAAGAAGCUGCUGCAGUCUGUUGCCACCCGAGGGGAGGAGCUUCUGACACAACAGGCCACACCCAACGGAGCCAGUGUGACAGAAACCGUACCCCAGGAGCUGGACCUGGAGGGCGAGAAUCAGGCCGCAAUGGAUCAGAUGAGGCAGAAGUGGGAGAGCCUGAACAAGGACCUCAACACCAAACUCCAGCUCUUAAAGAACACGGUGGAGCAGGACCACAAGCAGCCAGUAUACAACAGGCCCAGCAGAGUUACCACCUCUGGGUCAUUAUUUAAAGAAGAGGCCCAGGUUCAGGACAAGUCCUCACUCAAGUCUUUGUUCGGAGAAUUCAGCCAGGCCCACCAAGAGGCCUUUUCACAGGCAGGGGGCGCUGAGAAGCACAGCCUUCCUCUGGGGCAGAAGCUGUACACUGCUGUGUCAGCCAGCUCCUCCUGGCUGGACGACGUGGAGAACAACCUGUUCUCCGGGCCUGUGCUUCUAGCCGAAGACGCUGAGACGCAGCUGUGCAACCAGGAGGCUCUGAGGAAGGAUUUGUCAGAGGUGACAGAGGAAGUGAGCCAGAGCAGGGAGCAGCUGGGAGGUGAGGAGGGGCUGGCCGGAGAAGACCAAGCCCUGAUGGAGGAAACGCUGGACUGCCUGACGGUUCGGCUGGGAGCCCUGGACUCAGUCCUGGGGCAGCGCUGUGAGGACACCAGGAGACGCCUGCAGGAGCUCACCGCCUUUCAGACGGAGCUGCGGCUGCUCUUCACUGCUCUCAGUGAGGCGAGGUACCAGAUCCUCCAGACACUGGCAGAGGCGUUGGACCGGCCAGCCUCCAAACAGAUGGAGACUAUAUCUGAGGCAGAGGAGGGCUUGAGGGAGUUUGAACAGAGGAUCACUGAGCUCAAGUCCAGAGGAGAGGAGCUGCAGCCUGACCAGGUCUCCACCCAAGAGCUGCUGAAGCUGCAGGAUGCGUAUGAAGAGCUGGUGUUGACCGUGGGCUCACGCUGCAGCGGGCUGAACCAGAACCUAGCUCUGAAGGCCCAGUACGAGCGGGCCCUCCAGGACCUGACUGACCUGGUGGACACAGCUCAGGACAAGAUGGCUGCCGACCAGAAGAUGAUGGCCAGCUCUGUGGAGGAAGUCCAGAGCCUCCUCGACAAGCACAAAGAAUUCUUCCAGGGCCUGGAGUCCCACAUGAUCCUGACAGAGACAUUCUUCAGGAAGAUCAGCAGCUUUGUCCUCCCGAGGGAGAGUCAGGCCCUGGAGGAGACACUGGCCCAGGCCCAGGGGGUCCUGAAACAGGCCCACAAGAGAGGGGUGGAGCUGGAAUACAUCCUGGAGACGUGGAGCCAGCUGGAAGAAGACUACCAGUCCCUGCACAGGCAGCUGGAGGCAGUAGAGUGCAGCAUUCCCACUGUGGGCCUGGUGGAGGAGACAGAAGAAAGGCUAACCGAGAGGAUCGCACUCUAUCAGCGGCUGAAGGCGAGCCUGACGGAGCACCAGCACCAGCUGUACCAGGUUCUGGAGGACGGGAAGCGGCUCCUGCUGUCCGUGUGCUGCUCGGACCUGGAGACCCAGCUCACCCAGCUCGGGGAGCACUGGCUCAGCAACACCACCAAGGUCAACAAGGAGCUGCACCGCCUGGACUCCAUCCUCAAGCACUGGACCAGGUACCAGAGUGAGUCAGCUGAGCUGAGCCAGUGGUUGCGGUCCGCCCUGGACCGGCUUGAGUUCUGGAGCACCCAGUCAGUGACCGUUCCCCAGGAGCUGGAGACAGUCAGAGACCACCUUUACGCAUUCCUGGACUUCUCCAAGGAGGUGGACGCCAAGUCCUCUCUGAAGUCGUCAGUGCUGUCCACGGGGAACCAGCUGCUGAGGCUGAAGAAGGUGGACACGGCGGGCCUGCGCUCAGCGCUCGCUCAGGUGGACACCCAGUGGGCAGAACUGCUCACCCGCAUCCCCGUGGUCCAGGAAAAGCUCCACCAGCUGCAAAUGGAGAAGCUGGCAUCUCGGCAUGCCAUAACAGAGCUGAUGAGCUGGAUCUCGUUGAUGGAGAACGUGAUGGAGGAGGACGAAGAGAAGAUCAAGGGAGUGGUUGGAUCUGCAGCCAUCCAGGGCUACCUGCAGAAGUACAAGGGCUUUAAGAUUGAUGUGAACUGCAAGCAGCUGACCGUGGACUUCGUGAAUCAGUCGGUCCUGCAAAUUAGUAGCCAGGACGUGGAGAGCAAGCGCAGUGACAAGACCGACUUCGCCGAGAGACUGGGAGCCAUGAACCGGCGCUGGCAGAUUCUUCAGGGCCUCAUCACUGAAAAGAUCCAGAUGCUGGAAGCCCUGCUGGAGUCCUGGCUGGAGUAUGAGAGCAGUGUGCAAACCCUCAAAACCUGGUUUUCAGUGCAGGAGGAAAAGCUGAAGAAGAAGUACAGGAUAGAAGACCUGGCAUCUGUGCAGAAUGCCCUGAAAGACUGCCAGGAGUUAGAGGAGUUGGUGAAGGAGAAGGAGAGAGAGGUAGAGAAGGUAGAAGAGAGGGGCUGUGCCCUAAUCCAGAACAAGAAGGAGGAGGCCUGUGCCGUCGUCAUGGAAGCGCUCCAAGGCCUCAAUCACUCCUGGGCUAACCUGGACCACCUGAUCGGGCAGCUUAAGAUCAGCCUGAAGUCAGUGCUGGACCAGUGGAACGUGUACAAGCGGGCGUCUGAGGAGAUCAAUGGCUACUUGAUGGAGGGGCGGUACUCUGUGUCCAGAUUCCGCCUCCUCACUGGCUCUCUGGAAGCUGUCCAGGUGCAGGUGGAGAAUCUGCAGAACCUGCAGGAGGAGCUGGAGAAGCAGGAGAGCAGCCUGAGGAAGUUUGGCUCUGUGACCCACCAGCUGCUGAAGGAGUGCCACCCGUCUGUGGCCGACGCUCUCAACAGCACCCUCAAGGACGUCAACAUGAGGUGGAACGGCCUGCUGGAGGAAAUUGCACAGCAGCUGAAGAGCAGCAAAGCCCUGCUGCAGCUGUGGCAGCGCUACAAGGAGCUGUACAGCCAGAGCGCCAAGAACGUCCAGAAGCAGGAGGAGCGCGCCGACCGGCUGCUCAAGACCGCGUCCAAUAAGGACAUUGCUGAUGAGGAGGUGUCCGCCUGGAUCCAGGACUGCGGGGAGCUGCUGCGGACCCAGAAGACGGUGCAGGACUCCCUGCAGGUCCUGUACGAACUGGGCGAACAGCUGAAGCAGCAGGUGGACGCCUCUGCUGUGGCGGCCAUCCAGUCGGACCGUCUGUCACUCACGCAGCGCCUGGCUGUGGUGGAGCAGGCCCUCAGCAGGCAACAGGCGGUACUGCAGGCUGGAGUUCAGGACUUUGAGAGCUUUAGUGAGCAGCUGGAAUCACUGAACUGCUGGGUCUUAGAGGCUGAGGAGCUUCUGAAAGGACCAGACCCCAAUCGCUCCUCAGAUCUCUCCGUCAUCCAGGACCGCAUGGAGGAGCUCAAGGGCCAGAUGCUCAAGUUCAGCAGCAUGUCUCCAGACCUGGAGCGUCUGAAUGAGCUGGGCUACAGGCUGCCCCUCAAUGACAAAGAGAUCAAACUUAUGCAGAACCUCAACAGGACCUGGUCGAAAGCCUCAGCCCAGACAACUGAGCGAUUCAGCAAACUGCAGGCCUUCCUGCUGCAGCACCAGACCUUCUUGGAGAAGUGCGAGACGUGGAUGGAGUUCCUGGUUCAGACAGAGGAGAAGCUGGCAUCUGAGAUCUCCGGGAACUACCAGAGUUUAUUGGAGCAGCAGAGGGCCCACGAGCUGUUCCAAGCGGAGAUGUUCAGCCGACAACAAAUUCUCCACUCGAUCAUCAGUGACGGGCAGCGGCUACUGGAGCAGGGACAGGUGGACGACAGGGAUGAAUUUAACCUGAAGUUGGCGCUGUUGAGUAACCAGUGGCAGGGCGUGGUGCGGCGAGCUCAGCAAAGGCGGGGCAUCAUCGACAGCCUGAUCCGCCAGUGGCAGCGCUACAGGGAGAUGGCCGAGAAGCUGCGCAAGUGGCUGGUGGAGGUGUCCCACCAGGCGGACGUCAUCCAGAAGGGGGCGCCAGUGCCCCUGCAGCAGGCCCGCACCAUGCUGGACGAGGUCCAGCUGAAGGAGAAGGUGCUGCAGCGGCAGCACGGCAGUUACAUCCUGACGGUGGACGCGGGGCGCCAGCUGCUCCUCAGCGCCGACAGCAGGGCGGAGACGGCGCUGCAGGCCGAGCUCACCGACAUCCAGGAGCGCUGGAGGCAUGCCAACAUCCGCCUGGACGAGCAGAAGAGGGAGCUGGUCACCCUGCUCAAGGACUGGGAGAGAUGUGAGAAGGGGAUUGGCGGAUCGCUGGAGAAACUGCGGGCCUUUAAGCGAAAGCUCUCCCUGCCUCUUCCCGAGCACCAUGAGGAGCUGCACUCGGAGCAGAUCCGCUGCAAGGAGUUAGAGAACACCUUCGACGGGUGGACAGAAGACCUGGCCCACCUGGUGCAGCUGAAGGAGUCGCUGUCCAGCUACAUCAGCGCCGAUGACCUGUCUGUGCUGCAGGAGCGCAUUGAGCUACUGCAAAGGCAGUGGGAGGAGAUCUGCCACCAGCUCUCUCUGCGCAGGCAGCAGGUGAGUGAGAAGCUGAACGAGUGGGCCGUCUUCAAUGAGAAGAACAAGGAGCUGUGCGAGUGGCUCACCCAGAUGGAGAGCAAGGUCUCUCAGAAUGGAGAUAUCAGCAUUGAGGAAAUGAUCGAGAGACUCCGCAAGGACUACCAGGAAGAGAUCGCCAUGGCUCAGGAGAACAAGCUCCAGCUGCAGCAGAUGGGCGAGCGCUUAGCCAAGGCCAGCCACGAGAGCAAGGCCUCUGAGAUCGAGUACAAGCUGAGCAAGGUCAACGAGCGCUGGCAGCACCUGCUGGAUCUCAUCGGAGCCAGGGUGAAGAAGCUGCGGGAGACUCUGGUGGCCGUGCAGCAGCUGGAUAAGAACAUGAGCAGCCUGCGAUCCUGGCUGGCUCACAUCGAGACCGAGCUGUCCCGCCCCAUCGUCUACGACACAUGCGACUCCCAGGAGAUCCAGAGGAAACUCAGCCAGCAACAGGACCUCCAGCGUGACAUCGAGAAGCACAGCACAGGCGUGGCCUCGGUCCUGAACCUGUGCGAGGUGCUGCUGCACGACUGCGAUGCCUGCGCCACGGAGACGGAGUGCGACUCCAUCCAGCAGGCCACGCGCGGCCUGGACCGCCGCUGGAGGAACAUCUGCGCCAUGUCCAUGGAGAGGAGGCUCAAGAUCGAGGAGACAUGGAGGCUGUGGCAGAAGUUUCUGGACGACUUCUCUCGUUUCGAGGACUGGCUGAAGACCUCGGAGAGGACGGCCGCACUGCCCAACUCAUCUGGAGUGCUCUACACCGUCGCCAAAGAGGAACUGAAGAAGUUCGAGGCCUUCCAGCGGCAGGUCCACGAGAGCCUGACCCAACUGGAGCUCAUCAACAAGCAGUACCGGCGUCUGGCCCGGGAGAACCGCACCGACUCGUCCUGCCGCCUGCGGGAGAUGGUGCACGAUGGGAACCAGCGCUGGGACUACCUGCAGAAGAGGGUGUCGUCCAUCCUGCGCCGGCUCAAGCACUUUAUUACUCAGAGGGAGGAGUUUGAGACGGCCAGAGACAGUAUCCUGGUAUGGCUGACUGAGAUGGACUUACAGCUGACCAACAUCGAGCACUUCUCAGAGUGUGACGUUCAGGCCAAAAUCAAGCAGCUCAGGGCGUUCCAGCAGGAGAUCUCCCUGAACACGGGCAAGAUCGAGCACGUGUUCCACCAGGGGGAGGUGCUGAUUGAGAAGAGUGAGCCUCUGGACGCUGCCGUCAUCGAGGAGGAGCUGGAGGAGCUGCAGAGAUACUGCCAGGAGGUGUUCGGCCGUGUCGAGCGUUACUACAAGAAGCUCACCCGCCUACCGCUGACGGACGAUGAGCACGACGUGUCCGACCGGGAGCUGGACCUGGAAGAGGGUGGGGAUCUGUCCAGCCUGCCCUGGACCGAGGGGCAGAGCGACAGCCCGCUGUCCCCUCUCCCCUCCUCCAGCCGCUCAAUCUCCCUGGCUGCUCCCGCCCGGGCGGAGCGCUCCGGCAGGGACACGCCCGCCAGCGUGGACUCCAUCCCCCUGGAGUGGGACCACGACUACGACCUGAGCCGUGGCCUGGGCUCAGAGCCGGGAGACCGGCCCCAGGAGGAGGGUGAGGACUUCCACAGACACGCCGGGGGUGCCCUCGCAGAUGUAGUGAUUCCCGAAAGCCCAGAGGCCUAUGUAAAACUGACAGAAAAUACACUGAGAUCCUCCUCUGUUGAGCCGGGCUCCCUGGAGUCACGCAUCCGACAGCUGGACAAGGCCCUGGACUCCAGCCGCUUCCAUCUGCAGCAGACAGAGGGCCUUCUCCGCAGCCCCACCCCCACCGGCCCAGAGCUGGACGCCAACUACAUGGGCUACAUGAGGCUGCUGGGAGAUUGCCGCAGCAGCAUCGACACGGUGAAGAGAGUGGGCGGAGAGCUGAAGGAUGAGGAGGACGAGCUGUCAGGACUCAUAAAUCUGAACAGCACAGAGUCACAGACCUCAGGUGUGAUUGAGCGCUGGGAGCUGCUUCAGGCCCAGGCCCUCAGUAAGGAGUUCAGGCUGAAGCAGAACCUCCAGCAGUGGCAGCAGUUCAAAUCCGACCUGGACAGCGUGUGGGCGUGGCUAGGCCAGGCGGAGGCGGAGCUGGAGCAGCUGCGGGGGCUGGAGCGCAGCACGGACAUCCACACCAUCGAGCUGCGCAUCAAGAAGCUAAAGGAGCUGCAGAAGGCCGUGGACACGCGCAAGGCCAUCGUGCUGUCCAUCAACCUGUGCAGCGCCGAGUUCCUGCAGUCGGACUCGGACGAAACCCGGGAGCUCCAGGCCCGGCUGAAGGAGAUGAACAACCGCUGGGACCGGCUGGGCAGCUCCCUGGAGGAGUGGAGGGGGUCGCUGCAGGACGCCCUCAUGCAGUGCCACGAUUUCCAUGAGAUGAGUCAUGGUCUGCUGCUGUGGUUGGAGAACAUUGACCGCAGGAGGAAUGAGAUCGUCCCCAUUGACCACAGCCUGGACAGUGACAUUCUCCGCGAGCAUCACAGGACGCUCAUGCAAAUCCGGCGGGAGCUGCUGGAUUCGCAGCUGAAGGUGGCGUCACUGCAGGAAAUGUCCAAUCAGCUGCUGGUGCACACAGAGGGAAGCGACUGCCUGGAGGCCAAGGAGAAGGUGCACGUUAUCGGGAACCGCCUCAAGCUUCUCCUGAAGGAGGUGACCCGAGACAUCCGAGAGCUGGAGAAGACCCUGGAGAUCACCAGCAGUCAGCAGGACCUGUCGUCUUGGUCUUCGGCCGAUGAGCUGGACACCUCCGGGUCCGUAAGCCCCGUGUCCGGGCGGAGCACGCCGAGCCGGCGCCGAUCGCCACGGGGCAAAUGUAGUCUGUCUCAGCCUGGACCUUCUGUCAGCCGCCCACACCGCAGGUCUCCCAGAGGCGGUGGGUCCGGUUCCUCCCGUUCUGAGGUGCAGCCGGCCCCGCGGUGCCAGCCUUUCUUCCUGCGCGUGCUGCGGGCGGCGCUACCUCUCCAGCUGCUCCUGCUGCUGCUCGUCGGCCUGGCCUGCCUGGUGCCCAUGACCGAGGAGGACUUCAGCUGCACUCACUCCAACAACUUCGCCCGCUCCUUCCACCCCAUGCUCCGCUACACCAACGGCCCGCCGCCCAUAUGAACGCCAAGGACUCUGACCCCCCGCCAGCCGGUUUUAGUGACGGACGGUCCCGCUGUUGUUUUUGUUUUUUUUUUUAAUCCGUUGAGUUUCCGUGGAAACAGACGAGGAAAAAAAAGCACUAUUUAAAUUGGUAGCCAAAGUCGAUUGUGCUGUGUCUUUGUACAGGUAAAUACAGCUGCUAUUUGUCGUUACUCAAUCUGCAUAGAUGUUAGGAUCAAGUGUGGCACCCUUCGGUUGCUGUACGUUAUGUCGCGUGAGACGAAGUAGUCUUUGAAGCUGAAUAAGAAGCCUCCAUUACUUACCAAAAAUGGGGCGAAGCGGAUAGAGUGAGUCCAUUUGUUACUGGAUAACACUGACGUAAGCACUGUUUUAGAUACAGCACUAGUGUUGUUCUGGCCCAAGGCUAACGUCUUCCUUUAAGUGAAAAAAAAAAAAA